UGGCCCACCACUAGACCAAUGGAUUUUUUGUAAACAUUAAAUAAUUAACUUAGACCUACUGAAUAUUAGUUAUUAAAUGGACUGCUGCGGCGGCGAAGUACGCAGCGAGAGUAUCUACAACAUGCUGCAGGCCCUGGUGGACUCAAAAGUAAUCAACGUGCAGCUCCUGUCGAUUGCCGUGGGAAUUUUCUUCGUAGUGCUGCUACUGAAAAACAAUUUUCGCAGCUUUUCCGGCACGUAGGCGCACGAGUUUGCAGCUGAUUGUUCCCGUUUUAGUAUUUAGUUUAUGUAAUAAUGUAAUGUACGCCGCCUAGCUAAGGACUAAUAAUAAUUCUAAUUACUUGAAGUGAAA